AUGAAGGUCAGCACUCCACUAGGUUUGGUGGCUGCCCACGGACCCCUCACAUUGGCAUUAGCUGUAUCGCCACGAACACCAAAAUGCGCGGACUUGAAAUUGCCACCCCAGUUGGACUCAUCUUUCGAAGUGCUCUCAGUGAAUAGUGUCGAAGUGUAUAACUAUUCUCAACCAUAUGUGCUUGGCAGUCUCGGAUAUCCAGUGUCAGGACUGAAUGUCUGUAACAUCACCGUUGCGAUCACCCACACAAAUGACGACGAUUACAAUAUCCUCCGAGUUUGGCUCCCACUCGACAAAUGGAAUGGUCGUUUCCAGGUAACUGGGGGCGGAGGAUUAUCAACAGGAUAUCUGGACGUGGGGAAUGCACCUGCGGCUUCUCAAGGCUAUGCCACUGCCAAUUCUGAGGGUGGCCUGACCCUGAACCAGACCAUCGACUCGCAGUCGGGAAGCUGGUUCUUGCGAAGCAAUGGCAGCGUGAAUAAUGGGUUGGUGGAGAAUUAUUCGUUUCGGGCGACCCACGACGCGGCUGUUGUUGGAAAAGCACUGACUGAACAAUUCUAUGGCGCUUGUCCCGAAUUUUCAUACUAUACUGGUUGCUCUCAAGGUGGAAAACAAGGCUUUUGGGCGGCCGCACACAACCCGGAUGACUUCGAUGGGAUAUUGGCAGCUUCACCUGCAUUGGUCGACGGCUCAGCAAUUCCGAUGCUGGUGUGGCCAACAGUGGUGAUGGAAGAGACCGCCGUGCCUGCGCAGUGUGUCUUUAACCAAUACUUAGCAGCAAUCAUCGAAGCAUGCGAUGUGUUGGACGGAGCGCGCGACGGGUUGAUAUCGGACCCAGAAAACUGCCACUUCGAUACCACAAGUCUCGUUGGCUCCGUGUUUAAUUGCUCUGGGGAGGACGUGACCAUCACAUCGGCCCAUGCAGAAGUGGUCUCUAAGAUCCUUCAAAGUCCGAAACUACCUUCAGGAGAACAAGUCUGGUGGAUGAUUUCUCCAGGGACCGAGUUUUGGGGACUUGCAAAUACGACGCUUCAGGAUGGUAAAUUUGUCCCAGUACCAUUCACUCCGGGUAUUGCCUUCCUCAGGUACUUGAUCUAUCAUGAUCCAACCUACGACGUCCUGAACAUGACAUAUGCCGAUUUUGACGAAGCUGUGGCCUUGGCUGGUAACUACAACGAGACGUUCCUUCCAUAUCCAUUCGAUUAUUCCGCCUUUCGAGAUCGAGGUGGAAAGUUGCUUUCCUGGCACGGUCUUGCGGAUCAGUUCAUCCCUCACCAGGGUACACUUCAUUUCUACGACGUUAUUGAGAGCAAUACACGUUCAGCCAAUGGAAGUAUUGAUGACUUUCUUCGUCUCUUCUUGGCACCUGGUGCAGGGCACUGUUACCUUGGCGGUUACGGUCCUGCGCCAGUGGAUCCGCUAAGUGCGUUGGUGGACUGGGUCGAAGCAGGAGUCGCACCAGAUACUCUUUUGGCAGCGCUGACCAAAUUGGACAGCACAACAAUUACGCGAGAUCUUUGCCCAUGGCCAAUGAUGCCUAUUUACCACGGGCAAGGUGAUGUAUCGGCGGAAAGUAGUUUCUCUUGCAAAUAG